AUGAGGCCAAUUCUUCAACCAUGUGCGAGGGCCAUUCCAGCUUUCAGGAGGUAUCUAUUUCGCUCUGCCGUAACCCUAUCUUCGCCGGAGCUUGACGACAGCCUCCAUAGUCAUAUCGCCACAACCAGGGGCGAUCGAUCAGAAGGCUUCAUUCAUCCCAGUGCUGGAGCAAUGGAAGCAACAGGGCAACCAUUUAGAUUCUUCGGAUCUCAGAAACAUCAUCGAAACCCUAAGAAAUUCCCAACGAUUUUCCCAAGCUCUCAAGGUCGCUCUUUGGUUUCGAUUCUCUCAAUUACUGUAUCAGAGUGGAUGAGUGCCCAGAAAGUUUGCGAUCUAGUUCCUAAAGAUUACGCAGAUCGGCUUCAUCUGAUCGAAAACGUUCUAGGUUUGGAAGCAGCAGAGAAGUUCUUCCAAAGCAUUCCCGAGAACAAGAGAGAUGACUUUGUUUACACCACUAUCUUAAGCUCGUACACAAGGUCUGAUCAAACUCGGGAUAAAGCUGAGUUCAUCUUCUGGAAGAUGAGAGAGCUAGGGUACCUCACUAACCCCUCUGCGUUUAACCACAUGGUGUCUCUUUACAUUCAGCUAGAUAAGCGAGAUAUGGUCGAGAAGAUUCUGAACCAAAUGGAGGAGAACAAUGUCAAACCAAACAAUCUUACGUUUAACCUUAAACUGCGGCGUUACGCAGCUGUUACAAACAUCAAAACAAUGGAGAGGCUAUUAAAAGAGCACCGAAUCGUGUCAAUGAUGGCGUCUGCUUAUUGCAAGAGAGGCCAGCUAAGGGACGCCGAGAAACUAAUACAUAAUGUUAUGAUGCGGAAGUACCGUAAGGACAAUCCCAUUCAAAUGGCCCUGUUGAUGCGCGUAUUCUCUGGCAUGGGAUGGGAGACAAGAAUUCUUAUAGGAAUUGGAUUUGGAUGA